AGUCCCAUUUCCUCAACUAAAUGGAGACCUUGGAGGUCCCCAAAUACCCUCAGUUGCAGCAGCUGCUGCUCAGGCACAGGCUCUGGCAGUGGCGGCUGUACAUCAAAAGUUUGAUGCACUUGGACAAUCUCAAAAUUCUUCUCCCCAAGUUCCACCCAUGACAUCACCACCGCUACAAGGCACUUUGUCGCCUCAUCUUCAAAUGGCAGGUCAAGUCUCUGCCACACAACAGGCACAAACAUCACAGCAGUCCACAGGGCCACUUCCAAAACAACAAGUAAAAAGUCAGAUGUCUCCAUCGGGGCAAAUGAUGACUCCUCCCCAGUCACAAGGAAAAACUCCACCUCGUGAAAGUGGGAAAAAUAUGGUAGUUACAACUCAGGCUCAGUCACCUGUAUCUCAAGGAGGUGCUGGGAAUUCUAGUGGACAUAGUUCUACAACAGACAAUGGAUUAUGUGCUCCUAAUGCUCAGUCUCAGAUGGUUAAAAUAAAGACAGAGCCUACAUCUCCACCUUCUGCAAAUUCACAGUCAGGAAAGCAUCAAGAUAGCACCUCAAGUUCUGCAAGUUCAACUUCUGUGGCCCAAAAAGGUUCAUCUACACCUCAAAUAAAGCAAGAGCCUCAUCAAGGAGGGACGUCAUGUUCAACUCAGUCCAUACCAACUCCUGGAUCCUCCUCAUUAUCCACGUCAUCCUCAUCAAUACCUGCUCCUGGAACAACAAGAUACCCCCUUAAGAAAGUUUUCCUCCCAGAGGAGUUACGGAUUGCACUUAUGCCUACUUUAGAGAAGUUAUAUAAACAAGAGCCAGAUUCUCUUCCAUUCAGACAGCCUGUGGACCCCAAGCUGUUGGGUUGUUUGGAUUACUUUGAAAUAGUGAGAAAUCCCAUGGAUCUCUCUACAAUUAAACGAAAACUGGAUGCUGGGCAGUACAAUAACCCUUGGGAGUACUGUGAUGAUGUCUGGUUGAUGUUUGAUAAUGCUUGGUUGUAUAAUAGAAAAACUUCAAGAGUGUAUAAAUAUUGUACAAAGUUGGCAGAAGUUUUUGAACAGGAAAUUGAUCCAGUUAUGAAAAAAUUAGGAUAUUGUUGUGGAAGAAAGUAUAUAUUUCACCCACAAGUUCUGUGUUGUUAUGGAAAGCAUUUGUGUACAAUUCCAAGGGAUGCUACCUACUGGACAUAUCAAAAUCGCUUUCAUUACUGUGAACGAUGCUUUGAUGAGAUUCCAGGUGAAGCUGUCAACCUUGGAGAUGAUCCCACACUGAUGCAAAGCACGGUACCUAAAGGCAAUUUCUCAAAAACCAAGAAUGAUCACCUGGACAUGGAGCCAUUUGUUGAUUGCAUUGACUGUGGCAGAAAGGUUCAUCAGAUCUGUGUUCGCCACCAUGAGUUUAUUUGGCCAAAUGGAUAUCAAUGUGAUGCAUGUUUGGUGAAGAGAGGUAUGAAGAGGAAGGAAAACAGGUUCACUGCAAAAAAACUUCCCCCAACUAGACUUGGCGAUUUGAUUGAAAAGAGAGUUAACAACUUCCUACUGAAAGAAAACUGUCCCGGAAAUGUGACAAUUCGAGUGGUGUCAUCAGUUGACAAACAUGUGGAAGUAAAGCCAGGAAUGAGAGCAAGAUAUGAUGAAGGUUUUCCUGGGUCAUUUCCAUACCGUGCAAAAGCCAUGUUUGCCUUUGAAGAGAUUGAUGGUGUGGAUGUUUGUUUCUUUGGCAUGCAUGUGCAAGAGUAUGGUUCUGAGUGUGCUUUGCCAAACACGCGGCGUGUGUACAUCUCAUACUUGGACAGUGUUCACUUCUUUCAGCCACGGCACUUGCGUACAUCUGUCUACCAUGAAAUCCUCAUUGGUUACCUGGAACAUGUGGGACACCUAGGGUAUCAGAUUGCCCAUAUAUGGGCAUGCCCACCCAGUGAAGGUGAUGACUACAUAUUCCACUGCCACCCUGUUGAACAGAAGAUUCCCAAACACAAGCGACUUGUUGAUUGGUACAGAAAGAUGCUUGACAAAGCCAUCAGAGACCGUGUUGUUAUUGAGUACAAGGACAUAUUAAAGCAAGCCACAGAUGAUAACUUGACGACAGCAAAAGAGUUACCCUACUUUGAUGGAGACUUUUGGCCAAACGCAUUGGAAGACAGCAUCAAAGAGCUUGAUCAGGAGGAGGAAGAGAGAAAGACUGCGGCUGCAGCUGCUGCAGCUGACACUGCCGGCAGUGAGGGAACACCAGGAAGCAAAAAUAAAGGGAACAACAAGCGAAGUAACAACAAGAAAGGGACCAAGAGUAAAGCAAGUAACCGGAAGAAACCAAAGAAAACUAAUGGUCCUGUCAUGGGUUUGUGCGACUUGUCACAGAGAUUGUACAACACCAUGGAGAAGCACAGAGAGGUGUUUUUUGUCAUCCGACUGAAUGGUCGUAAGACUCCGGAAACGAGUGACCCUGACCAGGCGAUGAACUGUGACAUAAUGGAUGGCCGAGAUGCCUUUUUGACGCUGGCCCGUGAGAAGCAUUACGAAUUUUCGUCAUUGCGCCGCGCUAUUUUCUCCACUAUGGCAAUGUUGGUCGAACUUCACAACCAGGGAGGAGAUCGAUUUGUUUACACGUGCAACAUUUGUAAGAGGCCCGUGGAAACCAGAUAUCACUGCAAUGAAUGCGAGGACUAUGAUCUGUGCGUACCUUGCUACACCGAUAAAGGACAUGAACAUAAAAUGGAGAAGCUGGGAUUCGACUUGGAUAUAGAUCAACAACAAGGACAAGGUGAUGAUAAGGAACGACCGCAACUCAGCGCGCAGGAAGAACGACGAUUGAAGAUUCAGCGCUGUAUACAGCACUUGGUACAUGCCACUCACUGCAGAGAGCUUAAUUGUCAAUUGACAAGUUGUGCUAAGAUGAAGCGUGUUGUAGAGCACACGAAGACGUGCAAACGCAAAACUGGUGGAGGAUGUCGCAUUUGUCAAGAGCUCAUUCAUUUGUGUUGUUAUCAUGCAAAGCACUGCGUAGAGAGAGAGUGUGUGGUACCAUUCUGCCGACACAUUAAACUCAAGCUCAGACAACAACAAACACAGCAAAGAUUUGCUCAAUCCCAGACUCUUCGCAGAAGAAUGGCUGCAAUGCAGCGUCAGGGAAUGCAGCCUCCACCUCCCAUGCCAAGCCAGACAAUGCAACAAAGCAUCGCUGGCCCUGGAGCAAUGGGACAGUCUCAUCCAGCUUUGCAACCUCCUCAGCAGCAGCCCCCUCCUUACCAACCACCUGUCAUGCCGCAGAAACCUGUCAUUAGUGGCCCUCCUCCGCGUGCAGUUGAGGCAGCACAAAAAAUUGCGCAAGCUGCUACAAUGCAGGCUGUGGGUAACAGUGUGCAGAUUGGUAUACAAGGUCGCAAUGUUCCACAUCCUCAGCAGGUUUUCCAGCAGCAGCAGCAGCAGCAGCCUUCUAACAUGGCACCACUUUCUGGAUCAAUGGCACCACCAGCUAUUAUGAGACCGCAGAACCCAGCUCUGAUGCAGCAAAGUAUGGGACAGAACCUUCAACAGGCUAUGAACAUGCCUCAGCCUAUGCAACAAUCAAUGGGUCAGUCAAUGCAACCUUCAUCCAGCACGCCUGUCCAACCAAACGCCUUAGAAUGGUAUGCCAAACAUCAUCAACAACAGCAGCAACAACAACAGCAGCAGAUGAACCACUCCAACGCCAUGAUGCCAGGAGGCCAACAACAGUAUCCUCAAAUGCCUGGAGGACAGCAAGGGAUGGCCUCAGUUGGAUCACAACAGAACCGACCCAACUUGGGUGUGCCUGCUUCUCUGCAACAGUUGUUGUGUACGCUGAGGGGUCCAACUACUCCCCAGCAGCAGGCUAAAGUGCUGAGCAUCCUUAAACAACAUCCACAGCUUAUGGCGGCAUUCUUAAAACAAAGGCAACAGCAGCAUCAACAACAACAGCAGCAACAACAGCAGCAGCAGCAGCAGCAACAACAAGGCAUACCUCCGGGAAUGCAGCAAGGAAUGCAACAAGGAAUGCAACAAGGAAUGCAACAAGGAAUGCAGCAAGGAAUGUCUCAAGGCUUGCAACAAACUAUGCAACCUAACCUGCAACAAAAUAUGCCGCACAACUUACAGCCUGGCAUUCAGCAACAAGCAAUGCAACAAAAUAUAGCUCAAGGAAUGGCAAGUAUGCAGCAAAAUUUGCAGCAAGGGGUGCAAAAUCCAAUGCCACAAGGAAUACAUCAAGCUAUGCCAAAUGCUGUACCACAGAAUAUGCAGCAUGCCAUGCAGAAUUCCCUGCAAAUGCCAGUUGCUUCCCAGCCUAGCGUUAGUCAACAUCAGUUUUUUAGAAUCAUUCAACAACAACAACAGAUGCAGCAGCAGCAGCAACAACAGCAGCAGCAGAACAUGUUCCAACAACCCCAGCUUCCUCCUUUCUCGCAAAUGAACGCAACGAGGAGAGGCCAAGUGCAAAAUCAAUUGACUAAUUCACAAGCGGGUAUGAUGCACCCGCACAAUGGUCAACCACAGGCGUCGUUAUCGCAACACUUCCAGGCUAAACAGGCGCCAUUUACAGCGCAUUUAAUGUCUCCACAGCAAGCGAACCCAAUGUCACCGCAGCAAGGGAUUCAUCCGUCUCAGUCGCCGCGACCAGUCAUGUCUCCGCAACCUCAUCCGACAGGGGCAUCACCACGGCAACAGCCCACCAUGUCCCCACAUCCGCAGCAGUCUACUCUGACGUCUCCGCGGCCUACGCCCUCGCCGCAUCAGGCCGCCACACCCCAAAUGGAUAACCAACUUAUGGACAAACCGCUGUUCACCACACGAAUGACACUUGCCCCGCUUCAGACUUCCACGGAUCCAGACCUGUCAAUUGGUCAGGAAGAUUCACCACUCACGCCACAAGAUCAGUUGACCAAGUAUGUCGAAAAUUUAUAAUAAAAGAAGAAAACAAGCAAACCCAUUGGGAAAAAAAGAGAAAAGAAUUUUAAAGUAAGGAAAGAGAAGAGAUGAAAUGUACUUUAUGGAGCAAACUUUAUACGUAGUUUUAUCGCAGUGAGAAUCGAGAUGAUGAAAUUUUCUACCAUUCGUACCAUUAUUAUAUAAUUAAUUUGUAUAGCUGUUUAGCUGAUAAAUAUCGGCUUAUGAGGGUUCGAUCCCUUGACCAAAGUCCGAGAGAACGAGCACUCCAAGGAAUUUUAGUUUUAGAGUUUUUUGAACGUCUUCAGUCAAGAGGCACUGUAUAAAGCGCACAUUCUUACAAUGCAUAUAUAUUUGUUCAAACGUACUUGUGUACCAAUAAAUGUGUGCACUUUUCACAACGUUUGUGUGCUUACUAGCUUCUUAUUAUUUGUAAAUAAAAUUAAAGCCCUUAUUUCGAAAACAAA